GACCACUGGCCACGCCCACAACCUGACGUCCGCACAACAUCCCCGCCCCUCGCUCCGGCUGUUCCGCGCACCCGCGCCUCUCCCCCUCCGCGCUGUCCCGUCUCCCGCUCCCCACUCCCGCCGCGCUUUUCCGGUCACCUCGCCGUCCGCCCUCCGCGCUCUUCCUAUCACCGCCGCAUCCUCCCGCCGCGCUGUUCCCAGCUUCGCCUAACCUCCCCGGGUUUCAGUUUUCAAGAUGGCCGCCGCAUCAGCCCGGGGUGUCUCCGCGCUCCGUCGCUGCUGCCUCCUGGGACUCCCGGUUUGAAUAUUUGAACUUCGCUCCUGACACUGUUUGCAGUGACUGGUCUAGCACGCUCCAAGUCUUCAAAGUUAUUGUCUCUCCGCACCAAGACUUGUGGACUUUGGUGAGGUUGGUUUGAGAGGAUCUUGGUGUGUGCUAUGGUGAGCCGGCCUCCGGGCAGCGCCAGCCUCCUUUCCUCCCUCCAGGACCAGGGCUAAACCUCUAUGGAUAUAAAGUCAUCAUGGUGAAGCUGGCUAAUCCUUUGUAUACGCAAUGGAUCCUGGAGGCCAUCAGGAAGGUGAAGAAACAGAAGCAGCGCCCAUCAGAGGAGCGCGUCUGCAACGCCGUGUCCACAUCGCACGGCCUGGAUCGUCACACAGUCUUGGAGCAGCUGGAACUCAGUGUUAAAGAUGGAACUGUACUUAAGGUUACCAACAAGGGGCAAAACUCCUACAAAGACCCUGAUAACCCAGGCCGCCUGGCACUACCUAAGACUGGUAGGAACCCAGGGCGGCCAGAGGGUUUGGACUAUCAACGGCUUUUGAGAAAGGCACUUGAAGGGCUCUCGGAGCCAGGGGGCUCUUCUCUAAAGAGCAUUGAACGCUUUCUGCGCAAUCAGAGGGAUGUGGUUGCAACCUUUGGGGGCAAUACAGGUCCAACUUCAGUUUUCCACCAGCAGUUACGGCUUGCUAUGAAGCGGGCACUGGGCCAUGGGAGAAUUUCAAAGGAGGGUGCCCUUUACAGGCUGAAUCCCAAGCUGACUGAGGCCAAGCAAGGAUGGGAAUCAUUGGCAUCGCUGCCACCAGUGUGUUUACUGCCUCAUGAAAAAGAUAAGCCAGUCGCCGAGCCCAUCCCCAUAUGCAGUUUUUGCCUGGGAACAAAGGAGCAUAAUCGAGAAAAGAAACCAGAGGAACUCAUAUCAUGUGCGGACUGCGGGAAUAGCGGUCACCCGUCCUGUCUCAAGUUCUCUCCGGAGCUUACAAUACGUGUUAAAGCCCUGCGCUGGCAGUGUAUAGAGUGCAAGACCUGCAGUUCGUGUCGAGAUCAGGGCAAAAAUGCUGACAAUAUGCUAUUCUGCGACUCAUGUGACCGAGGGUUUCACAUGGAAUGCUGUGAACCGCCUCUUACAAGAAUGCCGAAAGGAAUGUGGAUUUGUCAGAUCUGUCGACCUCGAAAGAAAGGUAGGAAGUUACUUCAUAAGAAGGCCGCACAGAUUCGGAGACGUUACACUAACCCCAUCGGGCGCCCUAAGAACCGUUUAAAGAAGCAAAGCGGAACGACUAAAGCCCCCUUUGGAAAAGGCCGUGGCUGCCAAGGCAGGGGAAGAAAGCGUAAGCUGUCGUGCACGUCGACGUCGUCGUCAGAGGAUGAUGGCAGGGGCCGUGAGUCCUCUCGUGGCACCGCCGUCCCUUUCAACAAGAAGACCAAAGGUCUUAUCGAUGGGUUGACCAAGUUCUUUACCCCCUCUCCUGAUGGCCGCAAGGCACGAGCAGAGGGAUUGGACUAUUCCUUACAGCGAUCACGGAAGAGAGGACCACGAAAGUCGGGACAAGAUUGGGACAAUCAUGACGGAUGGGAUAGCAAAGGGGAUAUCGAUGACCGUCUAGGAAUGGUUGCAGAAAAAGAAAUAGAACUCUUUGAAGACAUCCAGCAGCAGGCACUGCAGAAAGUUGGUGUCAAUGGCCCCCCUGACCCACAGGUUCGCUGCCCGUCAGUCAUAGAAUUUGGAAAGUAUGAAAUCCAGACAUGGUACUCUUCUCCAUAUCCACAGGAGUACACAAGGCUUCCCAAGUUGUACCUAUGUGAAUUUUGUCUCCGUUACAUGAAAAGUCAAACCAUGCUGCAUCAGCACAAGAAAAAAUGUGGCUGGUUCCAUCCGCCUGCCAACGAAAUCUACCGCAAGGACAACCUUUCCGUCUUUGAGGUGGAUGGAAAAGUAAGCACGAUCUACUGCCAAAAUCUCUGCCUUCUGGCCAAGCUCUUCCUGGACCACAAGACCCUUUAUUACGACGUCGAGCCUUUCCUCUUCUAUGUACUAACACAGAACGAUGCUAAAGGAUGUCAUCUGGUUGGAUAUUUCUCCAAGGAGAAGCACUGCCAGCAAAAGUACAACGUGUCCUGCAUCAUGAUCCUUCCCCAAUACCAGAGAAAAGGAUACGGCCGCUUCCUCAUAGACUUCAGUUACCUUCUGUCUAAACGGGAAGGCCAAGCCGGAUCUCCAGAGAAACCACUGUCUGAUCUGGGUCGCUUGUCAUACAUGGCUUAUUGGAAAAGCGUGGUGCUGGAGUGUUUGCACCACAACCGGGAACGACAGCUGAGCAUCAAUAAACUCACUAAACUUACCGGCAUCUGUCCUCAGGACAUUGCUGCCACGCUACAGCAGUUGCACAUGCUCGAACUAAGAGGGGAUCGCAUUGUGCUGGUGCGACGAGAGCAACAAAUUGAGACACAUAUGAACAAACUACAAGCCCGACCUCGACAAGUGGAGGUGGACCCUGAAGCGCUGAGAUGGACCCCAGUCAUUGUCAGCAACUCUGUUGUUUCUGACGGUGAAGUGGAAUCCGAGGAAGAAGACGAUGAAACAGAAAGGCAGCAAAUCAUUGUCAACAAUCAGCCAAUAUUGAGAAGCACGACCCUGGACUACAAAGAAAGAGACACGUGUCAUGUGCUGGAGAAAGAAAAAACCCCACCAAGUUGUCCUCUCAGCCCGUCCUCUCCAGAGCCCUGCUUUCCACAUCCCCGUCAGUUCCAAGAUUUAAUACGCAGCUUGCCUGCUAACAGUCGACCAGGUGUAAGAGGACGCCGGGGUAGGCGUGGAAGAAGGGGUCGAGCACCUUGUGCCACUUCCAAUAGAAGCGCUGACCUGUUGAGAUUACUGGCAAGAGAAGCCCCAGGACCUCCUAGACGCACCGGUGAACGGGGACGUUCUGGCUCACGCAGGGGAAGGCUGAAAAGACUGGCAGACUCUGUGCUGAGAAGGGACUUUUUGGAACAUCAGCAAAGGCUCUCUCAGCGUUAUGAGACUGAGCGUCCUCAGUUGAGACGGUUUAGUGAGAGCAGUGAAGAAGAGGAAGAUGAGGAGGAAGAGAAUCACAGUCUACGUUCUGACUCCCCGCCGAUCCUAACCAAACCCACGCUGAAACGGAAGAAACCUGGACCUCAUCGAAAACGACGUGUGAGGAGGCGCAAGCACCAUCACAACAGCAGUGUAGUCACAGAAACCAUUUCCGAGACCACCCAGGUUUUGGACGAACCCUUUGAUGACUCUGACGGAGAGCGUCCAAUGCCGAGACUGGAGCCUGAAGAGGAAAGCAAUGGCUAUGGUGCCCCAUUACCACCAGACUACUUCCCCUACCUCACCCCACAUACCAUGCUAAGACGAAACCGCCCAUUAGGCAAAAGGAGAUCAAUCAGUCAACAGCUACAAGUGUCAUCAGUACCACCGCCUGCUGAAAACCUGAGACCCUCAGAGGAAGUGGUCACCACACCGGAUCCUAAUCCUCCUCCUCCUGUAAAGAAAAAAGGAUGGCCAAAGGGCAAGAGUAGGAAACCUCUCCACUGGAAAAAGCGUCCUGGACGUAAGCCAGGUUUCAAGCUGAAGCGUGAUCCACCUCCAGAACCAGCACCCACACUGCCUGCUCCUGCCAGACCAGGGCGCAAGCCCAGGGUUAGGGAGGAAGAACCAACACCUGUAGAAGAGAAGGUCCCUGAGGUAAAGGAACCCGAAGAAGAGGAAGAGGCACCAGUGGAAGAUAAGAAAUCCAGUGAAGAAGAGGAGCCAGCCAUUGCUACUGUGCAGCCGGCAUCGCCAUCCGAAAGCAGCAGUAGUAGUGCCAGCAGCAGCGAUGUGUCCUCUCGGGAAGCUGACAACCACCCUCCAUCUCCAGAGCCACAGAGAGAGGCUCGGGAAGAGCCCCAGUCUAUUGCUGAGGAAGCAGAACCGGAAGAGGAGGAGGAAGAGAGGGUUAUAGAUGACAAGGAGGUAGCAGCUGUACCAGCAUCAAACCAACAGGAAGACCAUGAUGCCGAUGAUGAAGAUGAUGGAACAAAAGAGGCAGAUGAAAGAGAGCAGAUACAACAAGACCCUGUAACUGAAGAACCAGAACCACAAGAAACGAGCUUAGCAAGCAGUGAAGAGGAGGAGAAGGUGGAUGGUGAGCAGGAACCAACUGAAAGCAAUGAUCAGCCCUCAUGCCUAGAAGAGGAAGAGGACAGCCCAGAAAAGGUGGAAGAGGAACCCAAAGAAGAAGAAGAGGAGGAGGAGGAAGAGGACGGCGAAGAAGAAAUCCCUCACACGGAGCUAGACUUAGAGACUGUGCAAGCCGUGCAAUCGUUGACACAGGAGGAAGGGAGUGAGCGUGAUGAUGGGACCUAUGGGGAUUGUGAGGAUGAGACUCUGACAGCUUGCCAGACUUUGCAGAGUUUUACACAAGCAGAGGAAGAUCCGCAGCUGGGUUUAUCUGAUGAGUGCCAUCCCUCAGCGCAUGACAGUCCAUUAUCCUCUGUUCACUCUCAUCCUAGCCAGUCAGUGCGGUCAGCAAGCAGCCCAAGUGUGCCUCCAACUCUGGAGAGUAAUGGGACAGGCGGGUACCCUCAGAUCAGCCCAGAUGCAGGCUCCCUCUCUGCCCCAUCUAUGCAGAAUCUGGAAACAACCAGCCCCAUGAUGGAUGUGCCCUCUGUGUCGGACCAUUCACAGCAAGUGGUGGAUAGUGGGUUUAGUGACUUGGGCAGUAUUGAGAGCACAACUGAAAACUAUGAAAAUCCCAGCAGUUAUGACUCCAGCAUGGGGGGUGGCAGUAUUUCUUCACAAAGCAGCUGUUCAUAUGCCAGUGGUGGAAACAGCAGCGGAGCGGGGGGACUGUCCUCUUCAGCCAGCAUGGCGCAAAAUGGUUGUGCCGUGAGCCAGCAAAUGGCUGGAAUGGCAAGCAUGAUGCAAACUACCCAGGCUUGUAGCAUAAAAUCUCCGCAGAGUUGUGCCUCAGAACGUCCUCCUAGCAGCAGCAGCAGUAACAACCAGCCACCACCACCUCCCCCUCCACCACCGCCAUUGCCCCCGCAGCAGCCUCAGCCGCCACCACAGCAACAGCCCCCCAUGUCACAAUGCAGCAUGAACAACAGCUUUGGCCCCUCACCAAUGAUCAUGGAGAUUCCAGAUCAGAGCAACAGCAGCAAUCUCAGCAUCUACCCAGGGGAUUUUGGGGCUGGUGGCUAUUCUCAGCCCUCGGCCACCUUCAGCCUGGCAAAGUUGCAGCAGCUUACCAACACUAUCAUGGACACACAUCCUAUGCCUUACAGCCACGCUCAGGCCGUCACCUCCUAUGCAAACAGCGUGUCCCUUUCAAAUUCAGGCCUGUCCCAGCUCACUUCUUCACAUCCGUUGGCAGGGGCAUCCCAAGCACAAGCCACCAUGACCCCACCUCCUGCUAUGAACCUACUUCCGUGUAAUAUGUCAGCAGGCAACCUUGGCAUCUCCCAUAGCCAGCGUAUUCAGAGCCAGAUGCCUGUCAAGGGGCACAUCUCCAUCCGCUCUAAAUCUGCACCACUUCCUGCUGCACCAUCCCCUCACCAGCAGCAGUUGUAUGGCCGCAGCACGCCAGGUAUGCAGCCUGCUUCUCGAGCACUCACCGUCCAGCGGAGCAUGAACAUGGGAGUCAAUCUUAUGCCCACCUCACCGUACAAUGUCAACACCAUGAACCCAUUGAAUGCCAUGGGUGGGUACCGCAUGUCCCAACCUAUGGUCAACAGUUCUUAUCAUAGCAAUGCGGCCUAUAUGAACCAGACAUCACAAUAUCCCAUGCAAGUUGGCAUGGGCAUGAUGGGAGCCCAGGCCUAUACCCAACAACCUAUGCAGCCGAACCCCCAUGGAAAUAUGAUGUACACACCACCUCCUCACCACUCCUAUAUGAAUUCCCCUCCUGUCCCCAAACAAACUCUCAACUCUCCCUAUAUGAGGAGAUGAGGGGGGCACCGGAACCACCCCAAAAGUUGCCCGCCUGCCCCUCAUGUUCUCUUGCAGACUAUAAAUACGGCCUUUUAUACUGACAGGACUUUUAUCCCCUGUUCCUUAUAUCCCUUUGCUGUAGAUUUAAUAUUAUGUUUUUUUUAUUGUUAUUUUAUUUCCCCUUCCCCCACAAAAAUAUAAUUGAGGGGUUUUCCUGUUCUGUUUCUUUUUCUGUAGAAAGAUAUUCUCCUUUCUCCAUUUUUCUCUUUCACUCUCCAGUUUAUAUGAAAAAGCGUCGUUGGAUUUUUAUUUUAAUCCCUUACCCUUUUUUUUUUUUUUUUUUUUAA